AUGAAGAAACAUGUAGAAGUAACUGGCAGUUCACCUCCUAUGAAGCGUAUGUAUUCCUCAUAUUCAGAGCCAUGUUCACUGCAUGAAACCAGUGACAGCAGACUUUUAUAUGAAAAUACAGAAAAAGAUCUUUCUGAUACUCAGCGACACCUUGCUAAGAAAAAAUAUGAGCUACAGCUUACUCAGGAGAAAAUUAUGUGCCUGGAUGAAAAAAUUGAUAAUUUUACAAGGCAAAGUAUUGCGCAGCGAGAAGAAAUCAGCAUUCUUGGUGCAACUCUUAAUGAUAUGGCUAAAGAGAAGGAAUGCCUACAAGCAUGUUUGGAUAAAAAAUCUGAGAAUAUUGCAUCCCUUGGAGAGAGUUUGGCAAUGAAAGAAAAGACCAUUUCAGGCAUGAAGAAUAUCAUUGCUGAGAUGGAACAGGCGUCAAGACAGUCUACUGAAGCCCUAAUUAUGUGUGAACAAGACAUUUCCAGAAUGCGCCGGCAAUUGGAUGAAACAAAUGAUGAGCUGGCCCAGAUUGCCAGGGAAAGAGAUAUCUUGGCUCAUGAGAAUGACACUCUCCAAGAACAGUUUGCUAAAGCUAAACAAGAAAACCAGGCACUGUCCAAAAAAUUGAAUGAUACUCAUAAUGAACUUAACGACAUAAAACAGAAGGUCCAAGAUACUAAUUUGGAGGUUAACAAGCUGAAGAAUAUAUUAAAGUCUGAAGAAUCUGAGAACCGGCAAAUAAUGGAACAACUCCGAAAAGCCAAUGAAGAUGCUGAAAACUGGGAAAAUAAGGCCCGUCAAUCAGAGGCAGAUAACAAUACCCUCAAACUGGAACUUAUCACUGCCGAGGCAGAGGGUAACAGAUUAAAAGAAAAAGUAGAUUCCCUCAACAGAGAGGUUGAGCAACACUUAAAUGCAGAAAGGUCUUAUAAGUCCCAGAUUUCUACCUUACAUAAGUCUGUUGUAAAGAUGGAAGAGGAACUUCAGAAGGUUCAGUUUGAAAAAGUAUCUGCCCUUGCGGAUUUGUCUUCCACAAGGGAACUCUGUAUUAAACUUGAUUCAAGCAAAGAACUUCUUAAUCGACAACUGGUUGCUAAAGAUCAAGAAAUAGAAAUG